AUGUCGAAGUACACCAGCUUCCCAGAACCCACGGAGGACCAGAACCCUUUCCAGGAUCCUGCUGUGACUCAGCAUAGCAGCAACACAGAAUAUGCAACACUGGACCUUUACAACCCGUUUGAUAAACCAGCUGGGCCUCCACCACCAUAUGAAGCCUCAUCUCCGCCUGCGCCUGUGCAGACGCCACCCAGCAGCAGCACCACACCCACUGAGCCUCGCAACUAUGGUUCCUAUACCGCCCAGCCUGCAGUGAACGCCACCACCGCAGAGCUUCUGAGGAAGCAGGAGGAGCUGGAGAGGAAAGCCCAGGAGUUGGAGAGGAGAGAACGGGAGCUGCAGUCGCACAGCCUUGGAUCUGGAGCCACCCGUCAGAAUAACUGGCCGCCGCUGCCGUCGUUCUGUCCCGUGGGGCCCUGCUUCUACCAAGACAUCAAUGUGGAGAUCAGCCAGCGCUUCCAGCGAACUGUCACCAUCAUGUACUACUUCUGGAUGUUCUGCGCGUUCACCCUUCUCUUCAACCUGUUCUCUUCCCUGGCCAUGUUCUGUGCGGACACCACCAACGGUUCUGGUUUUGGCCUCGCCAUCCUCUGGGCCCUCCUCUUCACUCCCUGCUCCUUCGUCUGCUGGUAUCGACCCGCGUACAAAGCCUUCAGGAGUGACAGCUCCUUCAACUUCUUUAUCUUCUUCUUCAUCUUCUUUGCUCAAGUCUGCGUCUUUGUCAUCAUGACCAUUGGAAUCCCCGGAUCAGGAUUCAGCGGCUGGAUUGUGAGCUUGGCCCUUCUGAGUAAAAGCACCGGCGCUGGUGUGAUCAUGAUUUUGAACGCAAUCCUCUUCACUGCCCAGACCGCCAUGGGGGUGUUCCUGUUGAAGAAGAUCCACAGCAUGUACAGGCAAACCGAUGCCAGCUUCCAGAAGGCUCAGGCUGAGUUCGCCUCCGGAGUCAUGUCCAAUCAGGCCGUACGCCAAGCAGCUGCCAAUGCUGCCCAGGGGGCCUUCACUGCACCUCGAUAGGAGAACCGGAUGGGGGGGGGGGGGGAGGGGCAGGCACUUUUGGAUUGAUCAACAAUCACUUCUGGGGAGGGCAGGCGUGCAGAAAUACCCUCUAGAAAGCUGAACUUCAGGAGUCAUGCAUGAGUUUUCUGAUUUUUGAAAGUGUACAGGACGAGCUACCCACAUUGCCAAACAGAAUUAACCAAAACGUAAAAGUCGAAACGGUGUAAAAUAUAAAAAAACAAUGAUGUCAAAGUGUCAGUGGAUGAAAGAACAAAUGCUGUCUGCCCAGGCUGUGUACCCAGCUUGUUUAAAUAACUAUAUUUAUGUUCGCAGGAAGCAAUGUUGCCACUUUUACAUUUAUAUCCACACCUGAGCGGCUCAUCCUAAGGCAGGGUUCUUGUUUUGCUUGAGUGUUUAAAAAAAAAACAAAUGAUUUUGUUGUUGUUACAUUAAGAGUACAAAUUAACUGUUUUUGCCAAAUCUCAUACUGUAAGGAAUAAGUGUUGUUUUGUUUUCCAGUAUCUGUGACUGUUCUGUUGAAGCCUAAUGUGAUCAAGAUUAUAGCACACAACUGUUUUGGUUUUAAUUAAAACAUAUUGCCAUGCUUUCACAGUCUA